GUUCCGGACUUCAGCCUGCGGAGGGCACACAGUUCAGUGGCCACAUCCCCGGUCAUAAGCAGAAGAAGAGGCUCGCAGUGCGGCAGUCGUCAAGCGGUGUCGGCGCUGGCAGAGUGUGUGGAGACGGAGAGCGGUAUGCGAUGGUUAGCCACCGAGCCAGGAAACGAGGCUAGCUGUUAGCCAACCUCUAGCUGCUGCCACUCUCUUCUUGUUGGAGGGGGGAGGGGGGGUUACCAGCCGCCGUCGGGACAGGUAUUUAACUCUCACUGUGACUUCUCAAAAAACCCGACCACCAACUCACACUCGGAUUCUUGCUAACUGACUCCGCGAGACCAACCAGCUAGCUAGCUCAGGGCGCUAACGUAAGCUAACGUGGCUAACGAGGGAUAGCCUAUGCUAGCAAUUAAAUACUUGUAAAAACGAUCUGAACAUAAGGCGGCGGUGCUGCUGUGCCCGCUGCGGUCGAAGUGGUUGCCCAGAUUAGCCCGGUGCUUAUCGGACCCGACCCUGUGAAAGGGCGACUUCAGGCUAGCUCGUUGAGGAGCUACACCUAGCGCGCCCAGGUGUGUGGGCUGGCCACAACUGCACUCUUGGUCAGCAUCUACACUGUUUGGUCGUAAAUGUGACAGAUCACUUCAACACAUCCAGCCUUACUAUGGGUCAGGACAGGGGGAAGUAUGACUUUUACAUCGGUCUGGGAUUGGCCAUCAGCUCCAGCAUCUUCAUCGGAGGCAGUUUUAUCCUCAAGAAGAAAGGUCUUCUGAGGCUGGCGAGGAAGGGGUCUAUGCGGGCAGGCCAGGGUGGUCAUGCAUAUCUAAAGGAGUGGCUAUGGUGGGCUGGUUUAUUAUCAAUGGGGGCUGGUGAAGCAGCCAACUUCGCAGCAUAUGCCUUCGCUCCUGCGACUCUGGUCACCCCACUGGGAGCCCUCAGUGUGCUUGUGAGCGCGGUGCUGUCGUCGUACUUCCUGACAGAGCGGCUGAACCUGCAUGGGAAGCUCGGCUGCAUGCUCAGCAUCCUGGGCUCCACCACAAUGGUUAUUCACGCACCGCAAGAGGAAGAGAUCAGCAGCCUCGACCACAUGGCCAGGAAGCUGGUCGACCCAGGGUUUUUCAUCUUUGCCACCCUCGUCAUCAUCGUGGCCAUCAUCUUCAUAUUUGUUGUGGGUCCCCGUCACGGUCAGACCAACAUCCUCGUGUACAUCACCAUCUGCUCAGUAAUCGGGGCGCUGUCGGUGUCCUGUGUCAAAGGACUUGGCAUCGCCAUAAAGGAAGCGAUCUCUGGGAAGAAUGUUGUGAGGAACCCGCUGGCAUGGUUCCUGCUUCUGGGUCUGGUGGCCUGUGUGAGCACACAGAUCAACUACUUGAACAAGGCUCUGGACAUAUUCAACACCUCCCUGGUGACUCCCAUCUAUUACGUGUUCUUCACCACGUCUGUGCUCACCUGCUCCGCCAUCCUCUUCAAGGAGUGGGAGCACAUGGGCACCGACGACGUGAUCGGCACCCUCAGUGGCUUCCUCACAAUCAUCGUGGGCAUCUUCCUGCUCCACGCCUUCAAAGACAUCAGCGUGAGCUUGGCGACUCUCGCCGUGUCCAUGAGGAAGGAAGAACGGGCGUUUCCUGCGGCCAAUGGCAUGGCUUCCCACAGCACGUACGAACUGCUGCAUAACGAGUCCACUGGGGACAUGGAGGACAGAGAAAUGGGUUUGCCUUUUGACAGCAUCUCCAGAAGGAACGGGGCAAUGACUUCCUCCUUGGAUCAUUAAGGAACUUUUUUUCUUUUUUUUCCCAGCCCCCGACUGACCAAUCGUGGCAUUGUUGUGUAAGAACAAGACAAUCAGCUGUAUGGGGAGAAGUGACUUGGACAGACCAGUGGAUUGUAUUUAAUGCUUUAAUUUGCCUUACUUUUACUCAGAAUAUGACCUGCUCAUAUUCAGUUACAGUUAAAACUUAAUUUCAUUCCUCUGUAGCGCUGUAAAUAUGAGUUUUUUAAAGGAAAUGUUUUGUUAUAUGUACAUGCAUAUUCAUGUAAUGAAUUACUUUCUAUAAAUCUGAAGGUUUUAAUAUAUCUUCUAUAUGAGGUCCUGCUGACGAUGACUGCGGUUAAGAGGACGUUCACUAUGAUUUGAGUUUUCGUGAUACUUGAAGGUAACAAAAGUUUUUGUUGGGAGUCAUUCUGAACUUUUUUUUUUGUAGUGUUUACAUGAAAAGCUCUCGAGACGAACCAACAGAUUUGUUACAUAUUUAUUGAAUUAAAAUGAUUAAAACAUUUGAAACACAAGGCACAAUGAAUAAAUGCUUAACAUGAGUAUGAGUUACUUUUCAAUUUCCUUUUUAAACUGUUUAGCAUGCAUGUUCAACAGUAUAGAAAAUACAAAUUUACUUUCACCCCCACUUAAAAUAGGUAACUGCUCACCCUUAAUAAUCCACCACUGCAAACCCUUAAAUAUUUACCUGAUAAAACUAAUUUCCCUCUAUAGCUUUCUGCAAGUAUAAAACAAAGGAUAGUUCAUCCAUAAAAGGGCAAAUAUCUAUCAUUUCUGAUAAGGCACAAGUGAAUACAAAAAAAAAAAUCAUUCUGACAAAAAAAAAAAAAAAAAAAUGGGGCCCAACUUCCUUACAUUUAACGUUCCUUCGCUAAAGUA